AUGCCGCAGAGAUCGGCCAGUACCCGCACUGGGCUGGAGGAUCAAGAAGAGGGCGAUCUAAGUCGGUACUUCAAUUCAGCCAUGAAGAAGUACGAGGCGGAGCAACGUACAGCUCAGCGAAUGAAUCGACAGCCAAACCGCUACCCAGAUCGACGUACUUUGCUCCAACCUUCACACGAAAGCCUUGACAUGCCGGAUGUGGAGAUGGAGUCGGUGGGGUCGGACAUUUACCAACAUAUCCAUGAGGCGGCGGAAUACGACCCGGAUGAUCUAUGGAUGCCCGAACCACGGCGCCCUCAAGUAGCCGCGACCGGUGCGGCUACCGGAGGGGGAAACAUCACGCAGAGGAUCAGAAUCUCAGCGAUUUCUGAGCUGAAAGAAUUCUCAGGGAAGGAUCGGGAAGAAGACAAAGCACGGACCUGGAUCGGCAAAGUGAAAUCAGCGUUUAUCCGGGACCAACCACCGGACGAGGAGAGAUGUCUGGUCUUCGGUGAUCUCAUGGCGAAGAUACUGGUGAUGACUGGAUUGCCAGCUGCGCGCAAGGAACAUGUCAAUCAUUUCAUUGACACCUUGGACGACCCCGAUCUGUCCAAUCAAUUGCUACUGCUGAAUGUAGAAGACGCGGAGGCCAUGCAAAAGACACUGCACGGAUAUCAACAAGGGAGAUCGCGUCAAGGGAAAGUGAUGAUGGGAUCGUCCAAAUUCAGACAGAAGGGAACUCAGGGUCCAGCGCUGUCUAAGCCUGCACGAGCGGUAAGGAUGGUCCGUACCGAGGACGUCUGCAGCGAGUCAGGAUCAGACACCUGCGGAUCGGAUUUGGAAGAUCGAUUGAGAUCGAUCCAUGUGGCUGCUACUGCGGAUCGCCGUUCAUUCCCCAAUGAAGUUGCAGCAAACGCGAGAUCGGUCGACCCGAACACUCGUCAAGACCAUCAAGACCGCAAUGUGCCAGUGAAGCCGUGUACUCAUUGCGGAUCGACCAAGCAUGGAGAUCUCGGUUGUUGGAAGCGGCUCACUUGCCAGAAGUGUGGGCGUAAAGGACACCCCUCUGACAAUUGUUUUUUCGUGUGUCGUGCUUGCGGUGAGAUGCACGACCCGAGGAAGUGUCCCAUGGAGGAGUUCUACAACAUGAUCCGUCAGUGGUACGUCCCGAAUAAGCAUGCGGGGAUGCUACCAGAGAAGGCCGAGAAGAUGUUAAACUAG